AUAAAAUAACAACUGAUAUAUUUUUAAGAUAGCCACAUAUAUAGGUUUUGGUUUUCUUAGUACAGGUUGAUUAAUUAAAUUGUUACAAUAUGAAGCUUUUAGUGAUACCGGUUCUCCUCCUCGUGGGAGUCUCCAAUGCAUCUCUUCUAGGAAAAAAUGGAAUCCUAGCAAACACGGCUAAUCAACUUGGCAUCGGCAAUAUCAUUAACGUCGGUGCGGACGCUGAAGCUAAUCUUUUAGGAAACAAAGUUGGUGUUGAUGGUGCAGUUGGCGUUGGUGGCCAAGGAAUUGGGGCCCAUCUCGCAGGAGAUGCUGAUGUUUUGGGACAGAAGGUUAAUGUCCAUGGUGAUGUGCUUGAGGGACACGCUAUUGACCAACAGAACCACGAAGUCUUUAGAGACAACACAGGACGUCAAUACACCCUUCAACGUCAGUACAUCGGUUCCAACUCCGUCUUGGUAAGAAAAUACUUGGACAAUGGACAAAUUUACCUCGAUGGCGCAAACCAGAAUAAUAUAUUGCAACAUUCUCAAAGCGGUAGCCUUGUUAUUAACGGAAACAGUGGCUCCAGUGGUAUAGUCAUCAUCGGCGGAAAUCAAGGACAGCAAGGAGGACUCAUCAUUAACGGAGGGUCAGGUUGGCCAACCACAAAUAUAGGAGUAGAUACCGGUCUCGCUGGUCUACUAAGGAAUAUUAAGAGAGUAUCACCGCUAGAGUGGCAAGAAUGGCUGCUUGCACAAAAACAAAGGAAUAAAUACAUUGAUCUAACGAUUAUUGAAAACUGGAUCAAUCAGCAACAUCAAUUAUUGAAGGUAGAUACUGCAGUUAUAGAGGGAUGGAUCAUUCAGCAACAAAACUUAAACCCCAACUUCUUGUAUAACUGGAUCAUUAAUCACCAGGUUCCUAAUAUUUUAGGCAACGUAAGGCCUCCAAUUGAUCAAGGUUGGAAUGGACAAUUGAGACCGCCAAUAGCAUCUCCAGAAGUUUGGCAACAAUGGGUACUCCAGCAAAGACUAAAGAGCAACCUUGAUUUAACUGUUGUCGAAAAUUGGAUCUACCAGCAAAAUAAGGCAUUGAAUCUGAAUGUUGACUUUUUGAGGGGAUGGGUCAUUCAGCAACAACAGUUGAAUCCUAGCUUUUUAUACAAUUGGAUAGUCAGGAAACAGGUUCCUAAUAUUUUCGGCGGUGGAAUCAGUCCACCAAUAUUCGACCCAAACACAAAUAUAGAUACAGGUUUCAUCCCUGCUCCAUUGAGAGAACUAUUAAAGCUUAAGAAAGUAUCACCUCUACAAUGGCAAGAAUGGCUGCUUGACCAAAAACAAAGGAACAAAUACAUUGAUAUAACGCUUAUUGAAAACUGGGUUAACCAGCAACAUCAACUAUUGAAGGUAGAUAUUGGAAUUAUAGAGGCAUGGAUCAUUCAGCAACAAAACCUGAACCCCAGCUUUUUGUAUAACUGGAUAAUUCUAAAACUGGUUCCUAAUAUUUUGGGCAAUACAAGUGACCCAGCUUGGGAUGGACAAAUAAGACCACCAGCAAAAGAUCAAAUUUGGCAACAAUGGCUAAUCCAGCAAAGACAAAAGACCAAUCUUGAUUUAACUCCUAUCGAAUACUGGAUCAACGAGCAACAUAAAACAUUGAAUUUGGAUAUCGACUUUUUGAGGGGAUGGAUCAUGCAGCAGCAACUGUUAAAUCCUAGCUUUUUAUACAACUGGAUAAUUAAGAACCAAGUACCCAAUAUUUCAGAUGGUAAUGAACCAAUAGUACCAACAAAACAGCAAAUUUGGCAACAAUGGCUAAUCCAGCAAAGGCAAAAGACAAAUCUUGAUUUAACUCCUAUCGAAUACUGGAUCAACGAGCAACGUAAAACAUGGAAUUUGGAUGUUGAUUUUUUGAGGGAAUGGAUCAUGCAGCAACAACAGUUAAAUCCUAACUUCUUAUACAACUGGAUAAUUAAGAACCAAGUACCCAAUAUUUCAAAUGGAAGAGAACCAAUAGUACCAACAAAAGAGCAAAUUUGGCAACAAUGGCUUAUCCAGCAAAGGCAAAAGACAAAUCUUGAUUUAACUCCUAUCGAAUACUGGAUCAACGAGCAACGUAAAACAUGGAAUUUAGAUGUCGACUUUUUGAGGGAAUGGAUUAUGCAGCAACAACAGUUAAAUCCUAACUUUUUAUACAACUGGAUAAUUAAGAACCAAGUACCCAAUAUUUCAAAUGGAAAAGAACCAGUAGUACCAACAAAAGAGCAAAUUUGGCAACAGUGGCUAAUCCAGCAAAGGCAAAAGACAAAUCUUGAUUUAACUCCUAUCGAAUACUGGAUCAACCAGCAACAUAAAACAUGGAAUUUGGAUGUCGACUUUUUGAGGGAAUGGAUCAUGCAGCAACAACAGUUAAAUCCUACCUUUUUAUACAACUGGAUUAUUAAGAACCAAGUUCCCAAAAUUUCAAAUGGAAAAGAACCAAUAAUAGAACCAUCAGUAGAACCAACUUGGAAUAUCGAUAGAGUAUCCCCAGAAGUUUGGCAACAAUGGUUAAUACAACAAAAGCAAAGAAACAACAUUGAUAUAACUGUUAUUGAAGACUGGAUUAAUGAGCAACAUAAAGUAUUCAAGCUAGAUGUCGGAUUAUUAGAGGGAUGGAUUAUCUACCAACAAAGAUUAAACCCUAGCUUUUUGUACAACUGGGUAAUUAAGAAGGAGGUACCCAAUAUUUCAGCCGAAAAAGUAACCCCAGAAGAGUGGCAACAAUGGAUAAUUCAACAAAAGCAAGAGAACAACAUUGAUUUAAGUGUUAUCGAAAACUGGAUCUACCAGCAACACCAGCUAUUAAACCAAGACGUAGGAGAUUUGGAAGGUUGGAUCAUACAGCAACAAAAGUUGAAUCCUAGCUUUUUGUACAACUGGAUCAUCAUGAAGGAGGUUCCUCAAAUUCCAUCCCAAUGGAUUAUCCAACGUAAUGAAACACAAGUUGAAGAAACAGAAGUUUCCCAUCUAUGGAUAAACGGACAGGUUGUUGAAAGCGUACCACCAGGUGUUUGGCAGAAAUGGAUAAUUGAACAAAAAGAUAAAUACAACAUCGACAUUAGCGUUGUAGAAAAUUGGAUAAAUCAACAACACCAACAGUCAAACAUAGAAGUUGGAUUCUUGGAAGGGUGGAUCAUCCAACAACAAAAAGCCAAUGCUAACUUCUUGGUCAACUGGAUAUUCAAAAAACAAGUUCCCAGUUUUUCAUACGAAUGGAAAAUUGAACGUGUAGUCUCAGAAGCAUCUAAAGAUGCGGGUACUUUCAAGGUUUGGAUCAAUGAUAAAAGGGUUGAGAAAGUUAACCCUGAGGUUUGGGAAAAAUGGAUCAAUGAACAACAAGAAAGGGACGGCAUUGAUGUAAGUCUUGUAGAGAAUAUUAUCAGCCAAUGGAGCGAAGGGCUGAAGUGUGAUGCUGCAUAUUUGGAAGCAUGGGUAAUUCAAGAACAACAAGCUGACCCCAAAUUUUUGAACAGAUUGACAGUCGAAGGGAAAAGUCCCGCUCUUUCCUACAAGUGGAAGAUUGAAAAACAGACAAUAAAACCUGUAGUCACAAGCAGCUCUUCACAUUCCCUAACAUGGAAAGUAGAAAACGCCAAAAAACAGUAGAAAUAUCAAUAAAAUAUUGUGUAUAAUUUAGUCACAGACAGUUUGAAAAUGACUAGUCGGUUAUGUUCUUUUUCCCAAUACUUUGUUGUAAAACUUUUAUCUAUUUGUGUAUUUAAAUAAAAUUAUAAAAAUUUU